AUGGCUCCAGACAACCCCAACGGAAUAACAGCACAUGAGGAAGCUGAAACCACCUAUUUCCAAAGCAACCCGGCUCCCAAAUCACUGGCUAACCACGAGACGCUGGCCCGAGAGUUCAUCCAAUAUCAUCUGGAGAACGCGCCGAAUCGCCGAAUCGCUCUAGUCACUUCGGGAGGGACGACUGUCCCUCUGGAAAAUCAAACAGUGCGCUUCAUUGACAACUUCUCCGCCGGUACUCGAGGAGCCACUUCCGCAGAAUAUUUUCUGCAAGAAGGCUAUGCCGUCAUCUUCUUACAUCGGCAGUUCAGUCUCUUGCCUUACUCUCGACACUACAGCCACAGUACCAACUGCUUCCUGGAUUUCAUGGAGGAAUCUGAAGAUGGCGAACGGGUUGUUGUCCGAAAAGAAUAUCAAGAGAAGAUGCGCCGAGUCUUGAGGCAGUACCAGCACGCAAAGCAUAGUCGGCUGCUCUUACUUUUACCUUUCACCACAGUCACAGAAUACAUGUUCGAGCUUCGCAGCCUUGCUGUGAUUAUGCGCCCGCUUGGGAGCCGGGCGCUUUUCUACUUGGCUGCGGCGGUCUCUGACUUCUUCAUCCCGAGAAAUCGGAUGGAGGAGCACAAGAUCCAGUCUCGUGAAGGAGGAAACAGUCGUCAGCUGGUAAUCAAUUUGGACCCGGUCCCAAAGUUCCUCACAAAUCUGGUGCAUUCCUGGGCUCCAAAAGGUAGCAUGAUCGUGAGCUUCAAGCUCGAGACGGACCCGGACCUUCUUGUAGCCAAGGCCGAACAGGCUUUGGAACGUUAUCAACACGACCUCGUGAUUGGCAAUCUGCUCACGACCCGCAAGUGGGAAGUUGUUUUCAUCACUCGCGAUGGUGGAGAGAGAUGGAUCCGAGUCCCCAAGACGAGGCGGUCCAAGAGCUUUUCAGGAGUGGAAGCGUUGGUGGGCAAAGCAGAGCGAAAGCAUGGACCGGAACCACACGAUCUAGAUGGAGGUACCGUGACGGAGGGCAUGGAAAUCGAGAGUUUGAUUGUUCCUGAGUUGGCCGCGAUCCAUUCAGAGAUGAUAGAACAGGCGGCCUAA